GUGGCCCAUAGACACAGGGAAGCAUUAGAUAACAAUUCGGUUUCAUCCCCAGCACAUACUGUAAUAAUAUGUAGACCAAAACAAAACCCGCGCUGGCUGUCACCGGAAAGCAUGAACUGCUCGUUGCUAACAAUACAGAAACCAAAAG